GGCGCAGCCCAUCUUGUUCAACAGUUGAGAAUUACCGGGGACCGGGUGACCAGGGGAACCUCAAGGUUUCUACUGAAUUCAAUAAGGAUACCCGGUUAUUUCUGAUUUCAGACAGCGCCAGUAGGAUAUAACAACAUGGUGGUGGUAGCAGCAGGGACCGGGGGAGCCCACAAAGUGCUCCUGAUAUCCGGGAAACAGACCGGCUCUUCUAACGGCUCACAGACAGGCUUCAGCCGGCCCAUCUCGGUCGUUUUACCGUCGCCAGCAAGCCAGGCGUCGUCGGAUUCAGACUCCAACUCCUCCGCGGGGCCGCCCAUACGAAAAAGACAGAGGCUCACACACUUGAGUCCGGAGGAGAAAGCACUUCGCAGGAAACUCAAGAACAGAGUCGCCGCUCAGACAGCUAGAGACAGGAAAAAAGCCAAAAUGGGGGAGCUGGAGCAGCAAGUCCUAGAGUUGGAGCUGGAGAAUCAGAAACUUUACAUCGAAAACAGGCUGCUUCGGGAAAAGACGAGCGGCCUACUGACAGAAAAUGAGGAACUGAGACAGAGACUUGGGUUGGACACCCUUGACUCAAAAGAGAAGGUUCAGGGUUUGUUGUCCACCGAGAACGAAGCAGGUUUGGGGAUCGGGUCUUCUGAGUCCGCAGCACUCAGGCUAUGUGUGUCCGCAGCAGGUGCAGGCCCAGCAGUCCCUAAAUCUGAAGACCUCUCAAUGGAUACAGACAGUUCUGACUCUACAGACAAUGAGUCUGAUUUGCUACUGGGCAUUCUGGACAUCCUUGACCCAGAGCUGUUCCUCAAGUCUUGUGAACAGGAGUGCCAGGAGCCGCAGGUGCAGCUGGUCGGAGGGGGGAACCCAGUACCUGCCACCACACCUGCGACUCUGGGGUCCCCAUCAGUUAAGCUGGAGGCCCUUAAUGAACUGAUCCACUUUGACCACAUCUACACAAAGCCCGUGGAGGAGGUGAGCAGCGGGCAGUGCAGCGACUCGGAGAGCGAAGAAGACGAGAAGAUCGCAGAGGCCAACUUCCCUGUUAACGAGGUGGUGGUGGUCGAGGAGGAGACGGUCUGCAUCAAAGACGAGCCGGAGGAAGUGGUCAUCCCCAGCUGUAACAGUCAGGUGGAUGACUUUUUCUCCGUUGCCUCCUCCCCUGCCCUGAGCGGCCUGGAUAAGGAAGCCUGCUUGGCGGACACCUACAGCGACUCCGGAUACGAAGGGUCCCCUUCCCCUUUCAGCGGCAUGUCCUCUCCCUUGUGCUCAGAGAGCUCCUGGGAAGACAUGUUUGCUAAUGAACUUUUCCCCCAGCUUAUCAGUGUCUGAAUCCAACCCCUAACCCAAAAAGUUAUAAUAUAUAUAUACACGUAAGAGCUAAUGUGUAGUGUUCAAUAACUACAGAUGAGCACAUAAUGCUUCAUAGUAACAUAGAACACCAGUGAACCCGCUCGUAUUAUAGGCUAAAGUUAAGCACAUAAUCUCCUUUUUUAUUACAGCAGGUCUGUACCACUGGCGAUGCUGCAUUGACUUGUGGGAGAUGGAGUUCAUGACAGCUUAUUUUGGCUUUUAAUUACUAAAGAGGAUUUAAGAUUGAUUACAAAUCUUUCACUCACCGUUCAAGAUAUAAUGUGAUGGAAUUCAGUAUUUCUGUAAAUUAAUAGGGGGCUAGGGACCGAUCAUUUAAAUAUUUUAUUUAUUUGUGUAUUCUGCUUCGGAGUCAUUGCGUGUGUCCACUUGUAUAAAUGCUUUCUUCUAAUUUGUUGACCGCUCUCCAUGUAGUCUAAUUACUGCAUUAAAAAACUUUUUGCAUUGCA